AUGAAGAACAUCUGGCAAAGGAGAAAUAAGAGAAGGCGAGAAACCGAAGCAACUAACACCUGGAAACAUCUGGUAAAGAAGAAGGCCGAGAACCUGUUACAGGAGAAAGCCGGAAAGGAGCAGAACUGGAAGAAGAAACUAUCGUAUGAAGAACUAGUAAAGAAGAGACGCUGGAAAGCAAAAGUUACAUGGAAGAAGAAAAUUGUGCAUGGAGAACCUCUGGUAUAA